AUGGCCCAGCAAACAGAAGCGGCGCCAUUGGUCUCCUUAUGGAGCAGAUCUCUUAUUUCUCUAGCAUUGCAGAGCGAUAUCCCUCCUUGGGACCUUCUCCGGUUUUCCCUCUCGAAACACUCAGCUAAUGUUUGUCCUCCCCACUUCCAGUCCGGCGCAAUAGCCGGCCUCACCGUGGAUUGCUCGCUGUACCCGCUGGACACGAUCAAAACCCGGCUCCAGAAGGCUAGACACCAUGCGCCAUCCGCGCCCUCGCCCAACCUUUCCCUCCGCCAAACCAUCCGCGGCAUCUACGCCGGUCUCCCCUCGGUGCUCUUCGGCUCCGCCCCCUCGGCCGCCUCCUUCUUCAUCGUCUACGACGGCGUCAAGCGCUCCCUCCUGCCCCCGGUGGCCACCGACGCCCCGUCCCGCACCCACAUCGUCCUCACACACUCGCUCGCCUCGUCGAUGGGCGAGAUCGCCGCGUGCGCCGUGCGCGUCCCCACCGAGGUCGUCAAGCAGCGCGCCCAGGCCGGCCUCUUCGGCGGCUCCAGCCUGCUCGCCCUCAAGGAUAUCCUGGCCCUGCGGCAUCCGGACCCGGUGACGGGCGCGCGCCGCGGGUACGCACAGGUCGUGCGCGAGCUGUACCGCGGGGCGGGCAUCACGAUCGCCCGCGAAAUCCCCUUCACCGUCCUGCAGUUUACCAUGUGGGAGUCGAUGAAGGAGGCGUAUGCCAAGCGCAUGCUUGUGGCGGGCAGCACGGGCGCAACGUUGGACGCCGGCACACCGGUCCAGGUGUCUGCGUCCACGAGCGCUGUGUUCGGCAGCGUGGCGGGCGCGAUUGCCGCGGGGCUCACGACACCGCUGGAUGUCAUCAAGACGCGGGUGAUGCUAGCGCGGCGCGGGGAUGGGGGCACGCGGGUGCGCAUCCGCGACGUGGUGCAGGAGAUCUCGGCGGAAGGGUUCGGGGCGUUCUGGCGCGGCAUUGGGCCGCGGGUGGCCUGGAUUGGAAUCGGGGGCGCGGUGUUCCUGGGGAGUUACCAGUGGGCGUGGAAUACGCUGGAGCGGAAGCAGGAGUCGGAGAAGGAGUUGGAGUAG